GGGAAAGCUAAAUACACACGAGCCGUCAAAACAUAUUGGCGGAUACGUCAGUUUUGCUACGUUGUAUUGCUAAGGUGACGUUCCUUGUUGAAGAGCGCAGAACCAGAACCAAUGCUGCUGUUUUGACUUUUAAUCUUGUUUAUCAGUGGUCGAUGAGUGCCAAAACAGUACCAGUUCCUUAAUAUAGAUCGCGAGCGUUAUUUAUCAGAUUGAAAAGCUCAGCCUCAUGUUAGCUUGGAUUCAUUUUGAACGAGUUUGGAUCUCACAGUCGAGACAGCACACGCGUGACAUAAUCAUCUAUUAGACCUAUGUUUUCAAGAGUUAAAAGUAUCCAUUGGCUGUUAAUAAGACCAGUGUACAAAAGCAGAGCAGAGGAGGCCAGUAUCUAGCGUUUCUACCAAUUAUAGGACGUCUCGAAAUAGAUAGAGCAUUUAGCAAUCAUUUGGAAGAUCUAUAAACUAUGAUUUAAAAGCAAUUGAUUGGAUAAAUACAUAUCUACAUACUGUGAAGUACUUCUUCAUGAAACAGUGAGAUUUUUCUGAAGACCAACUCACAGAACUAACUAUCGUUCACGUAAAGCAAGAUGGCGACUCAAUCUAAUGGAAGGAUAGUCGUUAUACCCGUUGACAGCAGCGACCAUGCUGCAAGAGCUUUUAAUUGGUACAUCGACAACAUCCAUUCUUCACAACAUCGUAUUCAUAUCAUCCACGUAGGAGAACCCAUCAUGCCAUCCACCGGAUCAUCACUCAAAUCAUUUAACACCGAAAUAUGGGAAGCCAUGUUGCAAGAGGAGAGUCGCAAAGCCGAAGAACUCAUCAGUCGCUACACAGAGAAAAUAAAAGUGCUGAAUAUCGAAGCUGAGACGUAUCAUGAAUUUAGCAACAACGCUGGCCACGCCAUUGUGAAAUAUUCUGAGAAACACGAUGCUUCUAUGAUAGUAAUGGGAUCACGUGGUCUAGGUGCUAUCAGACGGACGUUUCUCGGGAGCGUCAGUGAUUACGUUCUGCAUCAUGCAAAUUUACCCGUUCUCGUCAUUCCAAAGAAAAACAAUGCUAAAGCCACAUAGAGUAAGAGUAGUUCUAAAUAUGACGAUCAUCAUUGCUUCGAUCUCGAGUCUAACAAGAGAUCGGAAAUUACCUUUAGUGAACAAUUUGUAAUGUAUCCUGCGGAGGUUCCUGGCAGCUUAUCCAGAACAAUAGGAUUGCAAUACAAUAUAAGGAUUUUUCAAUAGAUGUGUUAUUCAAUAGAUGUUUUUCAAUAGAGGUAUACAAUUUGAUAGACAUCUUGACAACACAAUACUUUACCAGCAAAAAGGAUCACAAUCCAUCGAACGCGACAUUAAAUGUAUCUGUUCAAAUAAACACUCUUCAGCAUGUGAAAAUAGGGAGUUGACCCAUCGUGUCACCACUUCACCGUUCAUUCGAAUCAAAUAUUAUCCAUAAAUUAAAAACACAUUAAAGUAAUAUUUCAUCGCCGCGGUUGUAUCAAAAAUGUGUAAAUAUUGACCGCCGAAGGACAACAAGCCCCUUGAAAACCUAUUAAAUUUUAUUUUAUUUAAGGAGAUAUAAACAGUAAAAAAUAUGACGAUCAUUAUGAAGUCAUUUUCGAACAAAAUGCUCAGUAUGAACCUUUAGAAGGAGUCGGGACAGAGUCAUGCUGCUGAAUAAC